AUGGAUCGGAGCACGCACAUCCCGACCAGAAACAGUGUUCUUCCGGGAUACAACGACGUGAGCGGUGCAGUAAUCGUCGAUUAUAAUGGUCUUCCUCAUUUUCUCUCCCCCUACGAAAAGCGAGAAAGGGAAACGGACGUAUUUCUCUUGGAAGCACCCAUGUCCCGGCACUGCAUUGCCGCAGUACUCGUCCGCAAAUACGAAACGACCACAGCGAUCAUCGAAUGA